CAAAGGUAAGUAAUAUAAGUAUCCCUCCAUCCCCUUCCUCCGCCCACAAACAAAAGAACUACGUGCCACCAACACCAACACCAACACCCACACCGCACACCGCACACCGCACACCGCACACCGCACACCGCACCACAAUGACAUCCCUCCAAAUCCACCCCGUCACCGAACCCGACCUCCCAGCCCUAACCCACAUCUUCUACGCGGGGUUCACGACCCCCACCGACCGCCAGAUGUUCCCCGACACGCCCGGUCUUCGCGCUUGGUGGGCCGCGGCCAAUCGCCAGGAUCUGCGGCAGAAGCCCGGGGUGCGGUUUUGGAAGGUCGUUGAUCCGGGCUUUUGCCCUGCCGCCGCCGCACCGGACGCGCAUGGUAGCGUGGGGGAUGCUGCUGCUGCUGCUGCUGCUGCUGCUGCUGCUGAUGAAAGUGUCAUCGCCUACGGAAAAUGGGAUCUCGAUCCGGGCCACCGCGGCGCCCGGUUCCCGGAAUGGCAUGUGGACUCGGAUGGGUCCUUGUGUGAGCGGUUCUUUGGGGGGUGUGAGGUGAUUCGGAAGGAGGUGAUGGGGGAGAGGGGGCAUUAUUACCUCGAUAUGUUAGUGACGCACCCGCAGCACCGAAGGCGCGGGGCGGCGACGAUGUUGGUCCGCUGGGGCUGUGAGCUGGCGGAUCGCACGGGGAUGCCCGUGUAUAUCGAUUCGACGCGCGCCGGGGUGCCGGUGUAUGAGCGGUUGGAGUUUGUGGUGGUGCGUGAGGAUGCGGAGGCCGAGUUAUUUAGUAUGGUGAGGGAGCCGAGGGGCUCCUCCUCGUCCUCUGGCGUUCAGGAAGGAUGAAGGAUGGAAGAUGAAUGUCUGGUUAUGGGUGUUGGGGGUCAGGCUCGGUUCGCUUAGGGGAUUUUGGGUUAGAGAGGCUGGAUUGGAUUUCCUGGUGCAGGCUAUUCAGAUCGAUCAUUCCUGAAUGGUUAUGCAACUUAGACUCUGCAUAUCAGCACAAUGUAAAAGUAAUCAUC